UCACAAAGCUAUGAAGGUCUGCUCUCAUCGCUUCCUGGCUUGAGAGAGAUCGAUAUCACUAUCGAUGAUGCAGAGAGAGACAUACCUCAGAUAACGGCUGGUCUUCGUCGGACCGGAGGACAGCAGCUCACACACAUCGACCUUGCAGCACCGUCAUCACUCCCAUCAGAGAAGACGAGUGUAUCGAGAGAGACGAUGAGAGGACUGGGUCGUCUGAUCAGAGAACAAACCAAGAACCUACAGUGGCUUUGUCUAUCCAGAGUAAAGGGCACUGACGAGGAAGACUUGGUUGAACUUGUGGAGUGUUGCAUACAUGUUAAGACGAUGAAUCAUCUAAUGCUUCUUGGCUGUGGGACAAACUCAGACGAUAGACUAAGCCUUCACAUCACUGGUCUUAACAAGUCAGAGAAGUCACUCAGGGUGAUUGCCUUGCAUGAUAAUGGUCAACUCCUCGUAGAGAAAUGCCAGCUAUCUACCGAGAUGACUGCCAGAUUAUGGUCCUGUCUCAGAUCAUUCACCUCACUGAACCAUCUCAGCAUUUCAGAAUCCUCUCUCAGUUUCCCUCCAUUUCUUCGUGAGCUUCCAUCCGUCACAAAGCUAUCAGCUGAGAGUGUGACGUCACAAAACUAUGAAGGUCUGCUCUCAUCGCUUCCUGGCUUCAGAGAUAUCGAUAUCACUACCGAUGAUCCAGAGAGAGACAUACCUCAGAUCACGGCUUGUCUUCGUCGGACCGGAAGACAGCAGCUCACACACAUCGACCUUAGAGCACCGUCAUCACUCCCAUCAGAGAAGAACAGCGUAUCGAGAGAGACGAUCAGUGGACUGGGUCUUCUGAUCAGAGAACAAACCAAGAACCUACAGUGGCUUUGUCUAUCCAGAGUGAAGGUCACGGACGAGGGAGACUUGGUUGAUCUCGUCGAGUGUUGCAAACAUGUGAAGAUGAUGAAUCAUCUAAUGCUUCUUGGCUGUGGGACAAAGUCAGACGGUAGACUAAGACAUCACAUCACUGGUCUUAACAAGUCAGAGAAGUCACUCAGGGUGAUUGCCUUGCAUGAUAAUGGUCAACUCCUCUUAGAGAAAUGCCAGCUAUCUACCGAGAUGACUGCCAGAUUAUUGUCCUGUCUCAGAUCCUACACCUCACUGAACCAUCUCAGCAUUUCAGACUCCUCUCUCAGUUUCCCUCCAUCUCCUCCUGAGCUUCCAUCCGUCACAAAGAUAUCAGAGAAGCAGAGUGUAUCGAGAGAGACGAUGAGAGGACUGGGUCUUCUGAUCAGAGAAAAAACCAAGAACCUACAGUGGCUGCGUCUGAACGAUGUGAAGUGCACAGACGAGGAAGACUUGGUUUACCUCAUUGAGUGCUGCAGACAUGUGAAGACGAUGUCAGAGCUGAUGUUCAACAGUCGCAAUGCAUAG